AUGACAAGAAAGAAAAUAACCCUCUCAUAUAUUCCCAAUGGUUCUGAAAGGAAAGCUUCCUUCAAGAAAAGGAAGAAAGGUUUGAUGAAGAAGGUGAAUGAGAUUAGUACCCUUUGUGGUGUUGAUGCUUGUGCCAUCAUUCUAAGUCCUUACAACCAUGAUCCCGAGGUUUGGCCCUCGUCGUUAGGGGUUCAAGAAGUGAUUUCGAGGUUCAAGAAGUUGCCCGAAUGGGAUCAAGGUAGGAAAAUGGAGAACCAAGAGAGUUUCACCCGCGAAAGGAUCAAGAAAACUAAGGAAAAACUGAGGAUACAAGAAAAGGAGAAUUGGCAUAAGGAGAUGACUAAUGCAAUGUUUCAGUGCUUGGCUGGUGAAAAAUUGCACAAUUUCUGUUUUCUCGAUUUGAAUGACAUGGAGUGGUUGCUUGACGAAUACAUAGAGGACAUCGCGAGGAAGAUCAAGUCGCUUAAGAAAGAAAAACAUUUGAAGAAUGGAUCGAGCAGUGGAUAG